GUGUUUCCGGAUGCCGACUUUCUGCUGAUUGAAGCCGACCCUGCUCACACUGAAGAUCUUAGGAGAACAGGUGAGCGCUUUGAGAUUGCGCUGCUUGCUGCUCAGCGAGACCAGAAUAUGGUCUUCCACAGCACGCGCUGCAACAUCAAGAGCGGUGCUUCCAUCUUUCGGGAGCAGACCCCCUGGUACGAGAAUCCAUUCUGCCACGAGCCAAAGAUGCUACGCAGCCGAACUCUGGACCAGAUCGUUCAGAACUUCAGUUCGGCCGGCACGAGCUGCUGCGACCUUGUCAAGGCAGACGUGCAGGGCGCUGAGAUUGAGGUAUUGAGGGGAGGGCUCCGCACUCUACGAAAUGCGAAGCUGGUGCUUCUGGAGGCACCAGUUCUGCCUUACAACGAGGGUGCGCCUCGUUUUUCUGAUCUCAUCCGCUUCAUGGCCGAGAAGGGCUUUGAACUCGUAGAUCUCGCCGACGCGGCGUACUCCGAG